ACAAAAUAGAAAUUUUGCAGAAAUCAAAUUCUUGUCGCUAAAAUCUCACAGCUCAAUGGGAAGACUUUGUGAAUCACUGCCCGUGAUUCUUCUACUGUUUGCUCUUCUUCUCCAUCAAUCACUCUCUCAGGGUUUUGAAGAAUCUGAAUCUACUAGAUUGGUUAACGAAGAAGUAGGAGGUAAUUCUCCAGAAAUACAUUGUUCACGAGAAAGAAGCCGAGCAGCUUGGCAGAUUAUUCAAGAUUAUUUGACGCCGUUUGUGGAACGGGAAAGAUAUCAAAUUCCAAAAAAUUGUAGGCUUCAUCCUGAUAAUGAUUUAUACAGAGAUCAGGAACAGCAUAAGAUUCAUGUUGAUGUCUUCGAAUGGAAAUGUGGUUACUGCAAGAAAAGUUUCAAUGAUGAGAAAUUUCUUGACAAGCAUUUCACCACUAGACAUUAUAAUCUUUUGAAUACGACUGAUACAAAGUGUUUGGCCGACCUGUGUGGUGCAUUGCAUUGUGACUUUGUAUUGAACUCUAAGAAACCGAAGACCAAGUGCAACCCUGCUGCUGUUGCCAAAAACCGUCAUCUCUGCGAGAGCGUUGCCAAUAGUUGUUUCCCAGUGAGUCAAGGUCCCUCAGCUAGCCGUCUUCAUGAACACUUUUUGCGCCAAUUCUGUGAUGCUCAUACCUGCACUGGAAAAGAUAAACCGUUUCCUAGAGGAGGCAAGAAGAAAUCGGGUGUCUUCUACCUCGCCAUUUCAAUAUUGACCUUGAUGCUACUCCCACUCUUUUAUCUUCUAGUCUUCUUAUAUCAAAGAGAAAAGAGAAGCGGAACACAAGAGUUGCGUCGGAUUAGAAAAACUGGAAGAAAACCAAAACCUUCAUAAUAUCGUAAUCCUCUCAAGCAUUGGCUUUAUUAAAUAUGUGAGCUUCAGACUGUUUAUGAGAGAGCAGAAGGUGUUCAAAUCCGAUAUUGGUUUGGUGAAUCACCUCUUUCGCAUUACUUCUCCUUCUCGAACCAGAUACUUAUGGAUUCCCAAAAGAGAGUGUUUCGUUGGGGUUAUGAAGCUAGUUGCUAUGGAUAUCAGAUGGAUUACAUAGAGAUUGUAAGCUUGUAGAAACAGAUGAUUCCUUCCACAAUAUAGGAAUAGUGAUUAGAUUUUUCUCUGUAAUUUUAUCGAAUCUUCAUACAUAUCAAUGAUAAUAUCCAGUUUGAAACACAA